UACAUACCUACUUUGCUGACUUUGCUCUGCGCACUUUCAGUUGCUGCAGCUGCAGUUGAUUUUGGUCGCACUGAUCUGGUCUGCUAGUGACGACCUCAUUGUUUUACAGAGAUAAAGAAACAAUCGCACUGCGAAUCGCACAGGACAACAGAGUUGGCGAGUCUGACGAUGCUGGAUGUUUGGAUUGGAUUAGAAAAAUGAAAAUAAUCAGACAUCAGAACAUCAUCGCGUAUGUAUGUGAAAAAUCUUUGGACUCCGAAGUACUACAGAUGGAAAAAGAAGAAUUGAAGCGUACAGGAGAUUGGUCCUCCGACCUUCUGCAUCUCUACGAAUCAUUCUCCAUGUAUGACUGCACCUUUCGAGUGGGAAUCUCUGCGACGACAAGCAAAAUCUUCAAAUGCCACAAACUGAUUUUGGCUGUUGCUAGCAAGGUGUUUGAAACUAUGUUCCAUGGGAACUUUGCAGAGGCAAACAAAGGACCUGACGACGAAAUCAAGAUUGAUGACACAGAACCAAUGGCUUUUGAUGCUGCUAUGAGAUUUGUCUAUGGCCGGAGAGUAGAUUUUGUAAACGAUUUGAUUGCUGCUCAAGUGUACAAGUUUGCCAACAUGUGGCAGAUUCAAAACCUCAUGGACGCUGCAGACUUGUACUUAAAGGAACCAUCGCCUGGAAACGUUGCAUUUGUGUACGAAAUUUUCAAACAGGCAGGAAAUCAGAAAGGCUUAGGAAGAUGCAUGGAGGUGAUGUCCGCAAACAUUAAAGAAGUGCUGAGCAGCUCCCAUUGGCAAAAUGCAUCCUUGGAUUUGAUUAUGGAUGUUUUGAGCCAGGGAGACCUCAACGUCGACAGUGAAUGCGACUUGCUUGAAGGUCUUUAUCGGUGGGGUGAAGCAAACACAAAGGACAGAAUUGGGAAGCCUUCAGAUGCCAUGGUGAGAGAGGCCAUCAAAAAACCUUUGGAGAAGAUCCGCUUCCUCUCAAUGGAACAUCAAGAAUUUGCUGCCUUUUGUUCAAAAAACAAAAACAAUAUUUUUACUGCUGAAGAAAAGUGGAACAUUAUUAUGAGUAUAUCAAUUAAAUCUGCAGAAAAUUUGCCUGAAAACUUCAGCAGUGAGAUGCAACCUAGAGUGAAUGUAAAAAAAGCAGUUUGGCUCGAUUUGCUGACGUUUCAUAGUGGAUACAGGGGAUUUGGGUAUCCUGUACACCCUUCUUUUAUAGAUUUCAGUGUUAACAAAAAUAUCCAUUUUUUUGGAUUAAAGUUCAUGUCAUUUGCUCACUUUGAUUGCAACUUUAUGCCAGAUUCUCAAUUUGAAAUAACCAAUGAGGGAGAGAGAAUUUGGGAAGGAACUACUAAAGAUUAUGAUGUGAAACUCCAGUACUACAAAGCAAAGAAACCACCACUUCUUAAGGAGGGAGUUAGAUAUCAAUUAUCUGUGAAACACUCGUUUGCAAGCCUCCCAGAUCAAACAUUUUUUCAUCAAUCAUUUUCUGAGUGGAGCAUUAGCAAGGAAAGCCUGACUGUUACACUGCACAACAGGAACAGUAGUGCUGCUGUUGGCUUUCUGAUUAUUGGUUAGUAUUAUUGUGUUGCAUGACUAUUAUACAAAAUAUGUGCAAAAUAACCUAUUAGAUUACAUUUUUAAGGUUAUUGCACUUGGUGUUUCUCGGUGAUUCUUGGAAAAUAGCUUUGUGUUUUUAUCUGGAUCUUGCCGUUUCGUAAAUAUGAAGAAUAAAGGCAAAUCUCCCAAAAUUUAAUUUUCUUGUUUUUUAAAGUUAAUAAUAAUAACUGGCACGAUCAUACCCAUCAUAGAUUUCUUUUAGUUACAGUUACAAUACAAUAAUUAGUUCCUGCCUUCUGCCAGCCUUAAUGUCUUGUAUAUAGGAAAGUAUAAUAAAUAUUCCUGAUUGUUAUUUGUUUUAAUCAAUGAAGAAACAUAAAAAAUGAAGCAUGGAAUUAGUCAACAAAUUAUGAUAAUUCUUAUGUUAGAAAAAAAAUUUGUUUCGCGAUUUAACGUGUUUCAAGGAAAUAUAAUGUAUAAUUAUGCGUCUAAAUCCAUACUCUCUGCAUUUGCAACCAAUAAACUACAAUUUAGAAUUCUCAAUGCUC